AUGCAGAAGCACCAGGGUGAUCGUUCUACUACGUCGGGCGCGAAUAUCACUUGCGUCAGGGAUCUACUGCCAUUCUUGUUCCACGCCAGGCUCGAGGGAUUCGUCACAGACGGCGGCUCCGCCUGCGCCUGCCCCACCUCCGCCUGCUGCGGCUACCGCGGCAAGUCGCUCUACGACCUGUUCCACGAGCUCAGGGACGUGCCCGCCGAGGCGUUCGCGGAGAAGUUCCGGGCGGCCGCCGGGGUACCCAUGCCUGUGCCCGCCGCCGAAGCCUCGUCUGCGCCGCAGGGGCAGCAAGCGGGCGCGCCCGCGAGCUGGGAACCCAACGGGGUUCAGGUUGACGGCGUGACGGCGGAGCCCCCUUCGGCCCCUGCGCCUGGACGGGGAGACGUGGUGAUGCUGACCGAGGAGGAGAAGGCCAGCUUGUGUCUGCUUGGUUCGAAGGAAAGCAGUUCCACGACUGAGUCGGACACUAUGUGCGGCGUUGAAGGGCCUGCGGCAGAACAGAUCAAAGACGAAACAGGUGGUGACCCUGUGAUGCAUGAUGUUAAAGUGCGAGUGACAGAAACGAAGUAUCAGCUAGACAGUGACCUUAGAGAUGUUAGAGGAUUGCUGUCCACUGGACUUCUUGAAGGUUUCAGGGUGACCUACAGGAAGGAUGAGGUGGAGAACGUUGGACGUAUAAAUGGACAGGGUUAUUCUUGUGGCUGCCCACAGUGUAAUUACAGUAGUAAUAUUAUGAAUGCAUGCGAGUUUGAGGCACAUUCUGGUCAGUCAUCCAACAACCAGAAUGAUCACAUCUUCUUGGAUACUGGGAUUUCUCUAUUCAGGGUGGUGAAAGCACUAAAACCUUGUAAGCUUAACAUGCUUGGGGAUUUCAUUGAAGAAAAGAUUGGUUUCACUCCUAAUUGGGAUGAGUAUAACAAGUGGAAAGCUUCGUUUCAAAAGAGGAAAGAUUAUUUAGAUGCUGUGGCUUCAGAUGGUUGUUCGACUCAGAGUUCACGGGGGUUGGCUGCGGGGGAGAUGAUUUAUAGUUUGAGAAACUACUUGAAAGAAUCUGCCAGCAAUAGCAUCUCAAACCUUAACUGGAGUGUAUCUAAAAGGCGGUCUGGGAGACAGUUUAGACAAGGAGGCAGUGAGACUUCAACUCCAACCUUUAGUGGAAGCCCAGGCAAAGGGGUUUCUGGUCUCUCUAUUGGCACCUCAGAGAAGAAAGGCACUGAAGAAACUCGCAGUGAGAACACACAAGGCCCUCUCAGCAUCGAUGGUGUUAAGUCUGAUUCUCCAGUACCUACUGCAGUAAGCCCUAACUACUGUAAACAUGAUUCCACAAAUUUAGGGCUUUCUUUAUCAAGUCCAGUAACAAUCGCGCAAGGGCCACUCCCAAACUACAGCAUAGACUUAAAGUCAAAAGAAUCAAAAACAAGGGAUACCACUCUGCAUCCACUGAUUUUCAAGGAGGGUGGCCUUGCAGAUAAUACUUUGUUGACUUACAAGUUGAAGAGUGGAGAGGCUCUAAAGCAAGGGUAUAAGCGGGGAACAGGUAUCAUCUGUAACUGUUGCAGUCAAGAGUUUACUCCUUCACACUUUGAAGAACAUGCUGGCAUGGGGAGAAGACGGCAACCGUAUCACAACAUUUAUACAUCAGAAGGAUUAACACUUCAUAAGCUAGCUCUGCAACUGCAAGAUCAUUUGAAUUCAAAUGGAUUUGACAAUGCUAGUGUUUCCAGCUUCAGUUACUACCCUAACCUUACUUCUUCAUUAGGUUGUGGCAGAGAACCUUCUACUACCAGUGGACCUAUUGUUCCCCUGAAACGGACUUUACAAGAAAGAGUGGUUGAAACAGAGAAUUGCUAUUUCUGUGGGUAUGGCCACACAACCAUUGGAAAUAUUGAUCCAGACACGAUUAUCUUCUGUAACCAGUGCGAGAGACCAUGCCAUGUGAAAUGUUACAACAAUAGAGUUGUAAAAAAGAAGGUGCCUCUGGAAAUUUUGAAAGAAUACGUGUGUUUUCGCUUCUUGUGCUGCCAAGAAUGUCAAUCGCUUCGUGACCGUCUAGAAGAAGGAUUGGAAAACAGUGAAGAGAUUACCUUCCUUAGACGGAUAAGAUCCAAUAUUUGUUGGCGGCUUUUAAGUGGAAUGGACUCAAGUAGGGAUGUCAAACUCUACAUGCCUCAGGUCAUUGAUAUCUUCAAAGAUGCAUUUGUGGAAUCUACUGAUGAGCACAGUGACAUCUUCUCAGAUAUGGUUAAUUGCAAAAAUGGAGACCAAGAGAAGGAUUUUCGAGGAAUGUAUUGUGCACUGUUAACUGCAAGCACGCAUGUUGUGUCUGCUGCGAUUCUGAAAGUGCGCAUGGAACAAAUUGCAGAACUGGUCCUUAUUGCCACUCGUAGAGAGUGCAGAAAAAAGGGUUACUUCAUACUUCUCCUAAAGUCAAUCGAGGCAAAUUUGAGAGCCUGGAAUAUAAGCCUUCUUACUGCGCCUGUUGACCCUGAAAUGGCGCAAAUCUGGUCAGAGAAGCUCGGGUUCACCAUUUUGUCAGCUGAAGAGGAGGAGUCAAUGCUGGAGUCGCACCCCUUGGUGAUGUUCAAGAACCUAGUCUUGGUGCAGAAAUCACUUGCUUGA